AUGCAAGAACAAAGGUUGGGAGGAACUGAAGAGUUAAUAAAGAAGAUUUAUGAAGGCCUACUUCCUCCAGCUCUAUUCAGAUCGAACAUUCAAUUUUAUGAGGAAGAAAAGGAAAUGAAGAGAGAUUGCAAAAGCUAUCAUUUUGGGGAUUACUAAAUCGAAAUUAUUCAAUAUUAAAUAGAAUUAGACAAAAUUUAAAUGAAUAAAGAUAGAGAAAGAAGAGAAUAAAAAGAAAAAGAAUAAAAAGAAAAAGAAUAAAGAGAAAAAGAAAUUUAAAGAGAGAAACCCCUUUAAAAUGAAAGUAAUAAAAACCCUUAAAAUGAUCCCAAUAAAGUAGAUGUGUAUCACUUUAGCAUAAAGAAUUUAUUGCCAAAAUCAUAACUAUUGGAAUUUACAGCAUAUGUGAAGAGUGAGUAUGGCUGUAAAAUAUUAAAAACCAAGGCCUCAACCACAAAACUUGAACUCCAUUUAGAUCCUGAUACAACAAAAAGUUAAAAAUAGAUUUAUGUAUUUUUGGGCUAAGCCCCUGGAAAAUUCAAGAUUAGGUUAAGUAAUUACGUAUUAUUAGAGGAAAUGUGA